GAGACAGUUUCCCAGCAUUCAGUGCUACGGCAUCAUGGCGGACGGCAGAGAAAAAGCGCUGCAGGACUACAGAAAAAAACUCCUGGAACACAAAGAGGUGGACGGACGGCUAAAAGAGUGUAAGAGACGGUCAAAUGUGGAUGUUUGUGAGGCGACAGAAAGAUGGCGUACAUUAAUGUAACUGUUAAUGCGAGAGAAGUAGAUGACAGCGUCAGCUAGCUCCGAGGCUACACUGCUUUGUCAUGCAGUUAGCAUCCUCAUAGAAAUGAAUGGAAACAGCACUGCUAAUGCUAGCUGAGCAGCUAUCAGAACACAAACAACAGUAACAGUACUGUCAAACUCACUAUAAACUUCAUAUGUGUUUAAAAUCAUUUGUUGGUGUUGGUUUGGAGCUUGAUAUAUACAUCUUUUUUAUAUAACGUUAAAAUAUUAAGAUAGCCUCAGAGAUCUAACAUAAUUUAUUCUUCAUUUAUUGUGUCUAGCAUCUUAUUUUGAAAUCCAGAAGUUUAGUGUCUGCUGUUUUGUCCACGGAAAAAACUAACGACCGAGACUAUAAGGCAGAAAUCUACCGCGUCUACAGUGCAAAAUGAUGAAUAUGGUGAUUAUUCCUUCAAGGAAAUGAUAAAGUAGUUAUCAUAAAUGUUCUUCCUAGAGCUGCGUCACCCCACUGUAGUCCGUAGUCACAGACUGUAUAUACUAUGGACAACCUGGUUCCGACAGAAUGAGAUCUAACAUCAUACAGGAUUUAUCUAAAGUAAAAAACAAUGUUUUUGUUCAACUGUUUAUCGUGUGUUUUUUCAGUGAGAGAACAGCUGAGAGAACAGACCAAACAGUAUGAGAAGUCGGAGAAUGACCUGAAGGCUCUGCAGAGUGUUGGACAGGUAACUUUAACCUCAUAUAUCACCUACAUGCAGCUCAUCUAUGGAUGUUUCAGUGGAAUACAUUUGGAAAAUUCAAGAAAAUGUUUUGCCAUCAACCUGUUAAAGGGUAUUGAAAAUAAAACAAAAAAUUAAUGCCUGUAAUGUAUGCUCUUUCAUAUCUGCAUUAGUCACACCUAUAUGCUGAAAAAACUGUGCUCUAAGUCCCCCAUCGGUAUAAGUGUUUUCACCACAGAUACAGACGGUCAGAAGGGGCUGUAAAAGUGGAAUUUCGCUGAGUACUUGGAAACAGUUUUAUGCCUUCAAAAUUUUUAAAAAGGCAGACUGACUGGCUGUUGAUAAGUUGAUUUUACUGAGUUGCAAACUGUCUGAUCACUGUAUUUAACCCUAGAGCACUAUCGUUAAAAUUAGUAACACCAUCACUAUCCUCGGGUGAUUUUUACCCGAAAUAAUAUACCCAAGAAAGAGUACUUGUCAUCAAAUUAUAUCAGAAAAGGACAAUACUUUACAAAUUCAGGUAGUUUUCUCAAAGGGAGGAAAAAAAGUGCCAUGAGGGGACCAUAUACAAAUGCAACAAAAUAACUGAAAUUAGGCAUUCAUGAACAAAAAAUUCCUAAAUAUAAAUAUAUAUUUAUAUAUAAACUGUAAACUUAGUUUCUUUUCCAUGUGAGUCUUCCCUGGUGAAGACUCAGGGUCCUUGGCACAAUAACAGCUGCAGGAGAGAGAACCAAAAUAUGGGAGAUUUUGAGUGAGUAAAAAUGACCAGCUGACUAAAAUAUUUCUUAUCACCAUAUGCAUUCCCUUGAAAAUCACUACCACAUAGUUAUUCAUAACCACUGCACUAAAUAAAGAUAGCAUGCAAAUCCCUGGACCACUCUUACUGACCUUAUUCCCUACAUGCAGCUAUCAAAUCCACCCAAACCUACUUUACCCUCUAUUACUAUUGCCGGGUGAAAAUCACCCGAACACGUGCCUGUAAGAAAAAGCAGGGUUUAGAUCAGGGAAACAGUCAGCCUUCAAAGAUGUCAAAGGCAAUGCUGAAGCUACCCAGAGACCCAGACUUGUAUUGGAUCAACAUUCUGUAUCAGGAUGGUUCAAUGGCAGCUGUGUCUCAGUAAUAAGAGUUGGUCGUCCCUCAUUAAGGGGGUUGGAGGUUUGAUUCCAGGGCUGUCCAUGUGCCAAAGUGUGCUCUGUGGAGAUAUUGGCCCCGCUGGCUGCACCCAGAGGUGUAGGAAUAGGAUGGAAAAUUGAUGGUGUCUUUACACAGCAUACCUUUGCCAUCAGUGUGUGAAUGUGAUUUGUAUUGUGAAAGUACUUUGAGUGAGAAGAUAGGGGAAAGUACAAUAUAAACAUAGUCCAUUUCCAUUCCCCUGUCUUAAGUUCGAGUAGAGUUAGAGUCAGUGUGAGGAUGCUCAGUAGACUAACAGCAGUUUUAAUUCUGUCCAACCUCCUCUGUUACUCGUUCUCUGCAGAUUGUUGGAGAGGUGCUCAAACAACUCACAGAGGAGAAAUGUAAGCUCAAUUUAGUUCUAUUUCUUUUUAUAUAUCUACAGAAAUGUCACUGAAAUACUUAACUGAGGCUAUAUGUCACUGAAUGAAAUGUUGCUUAUUCUCACUGUCAUAUUUCUAUUUCACUUUCCUGUCCUAUCUAAGGCCUAUCCUUUUGAUUGUAUAACACAAAUUGUGUUCGUCUCACACUUGAUAUUCUGUGUUUCUCUGUCCGAUUACAGUCAUCGUGAAAGCCACUAACGGUCCUCGAUAUGUAGUGGGAUGUCGCAGACAGGUGGGUACAGAAGGCCUCGUUCUUUAAUAUCUUCUACACUCUCUGAUCCCUCUUACUCGUGAUGCUAAAUAAUUCUCUUUACUACGUAUAUCAGGUGUUUUACAACAUAUUGCAUUGAAAUGAGGUUAUCUCUGGUUCUGCUGAGUUUUCUGAACAGUCUCAUGUCAGUCUGAACAUGUAAACUCUUACAAUAACAUUGAAUUGUGUCAUGCCUGGUCUUUAGAGUUAAUUUGAUCAAAGAAUGUAUGCCCGUCUUUGCUGCAUGACUCGGCAUUACCUAAUAGGAAUUGUUGAUAGUUUGUGGGAGUCGGAACUUCAUUCUUUUAGAUACUUUAUUGGCUCAAAGAGGUUCAAAACAUGAUUUUAUUUUUAACUAACCAACGCGCUUGUGUGUUGUGUUGUUUUUUUUUCUAGUUGGAUAAAUCUCAGCUGAAGCCCGGCACCAGAGUGGCUCUGGACAUGACCACACUCACCAUCAUGAGGUACAGAGAUAAACCAAACACUGUGCUGUAAACCUUUCAAGCAGGAUCAGUUCAUGUGUUUCAGCAUCAAACAACCAGUAUCACAAAAGCGUGUCUUUUUCAUGUUAUUCUUGAAUAAAGAGAGGUAAAUGUGAAAGUAAAACAGAAAAUGACACAGAUUUGUUGGAAACAAAAUCAAGAUUUCAAAUCAGAUUAAACACGUGUCGCACAACAUACAGAAAAUAAAAUUCACAUCAUAAUUAGGAAAAGUAAGACACAUGAGGGCGGCAGCAGCUUAGGAGGUAGAGCGGUCGUCCAAUAACUGGAAAGUUGGCGAUUCGAUUCCCCCUUAUCCCUAGUCUGUUUGUUGUGUCCUUGGGCAAGACACUUAACCUACCUUGCUGCCAGUGUGUCCUCUGCUGGUGUAUGAUUUGUAUGUACGUUGCUUUGGAUAAAAGCAUCUGCUAAAUGACAUCGUAAUUAUAACAUGAAAGGCAAUUUCAAAUUCAAGUGUAUUGUAAAAACAUUUUAUUUCAGAAGUGCAAUAGUUUGACAAACAGUAGUGUUUAUGCAAAAAAAAAAAAAAAAGUGUUGCAUGAGUUUGUUUCAUUAUGUCUACAGGUUGUGUGUUCAAACAUUGAAGUGUAAUUGACAAAGACUAAACCUUCAGUAUGUCUUUGUUUCUGUUCACGUCAUUUAAAUCCUAAAUUUUAUUGAACACUUGAUACAGAGUGUAUCUUUAAUUCGAUGGUUGAGUUUGCACUAAACUGAUGCUGAAGUAUAAUGUGACUCACCUGUGUGUCUUCUCUGUGUGCGCAUCGCGUGUGCGUCAGGUACCUGCCCCGUGAAGUGGAUCCUCUGGUCUACAACAUGUCUCAUGAGGACCCUGGCAGUGUGUCGUACUCUGAGAUCGGAGGACUGUCUGAACAGAUCAGAGAGCUGAGAGAGGUAACACACGCACACACACCUGAUCAGGUGUCUCUCACUCUCCACAUCAGAUCUGUGCUUGAUUUUCUUCACAGACAGAAAAAUGUGAAAAUUGUAAUCUGAGCCCUCUAGAAGCCAGUCUGCUUUCUCCCUGACUAAUAGACUCACUAACUAAACAGACCUGAUCUUUAAGAUGAUAACCCAGGGAACUGCUUCUCUGUCAGCAAAAACAAAGGUGUAGUUAUGCACCUGCAGACUCAUAUCUAUGACGUAGUACAGAAGGUUAAAUUUGGACAAAAAAAAAAAAGAUUAAUGACCAAAAAUAUGUUCUUACUGUUCAGCUCUUUUUUUAGAGUCAGCUGCUGCAAGCUUAAGCUCACUGCACAUAUAAAAAAAAUGAGAGUUACACUUUAAACUCAAGCAGACAUUGAGUGGAAAUGUUGUGUUUGUGAUCAGGUGAUCGAGCUCCCUCUGACCAACCCUGAGCUCUUUCAGAGAGUCGGCAUCAUCCCCCCUAAAGGCUGUCUGCUCUACGGACCCCCAGGUCAGAGCUGCACCCAAAAAACAUCAGAAUCAACAUUAAACUUUGAGGAUAUAAACAUCUAAAUAUCAUCAGUGUUGCCUAUCCCAUGUAAGUAACGUCAGAUAUGUUUUGUCAGGCACGGGGAAAACUCUUCUCGCCCGAGCUGUGGCCAGCCAGCUCGACUGUAACUUCCUCAAGGUGGGUGUUUGCUUGUGUUUGUGUUUUUGAACGUGUAGGUGUUGCUCCGCCGCUGCGGUGUCUCACUGUGCAUGCGUGCGUGUGUUGUAGGUGGUGUCGAGCUCCAUAGUGGAUAAAUACAUCGGAGAGAGCGCCCGUCUGAUCAGAGAGAUGUUUAACUACGCCAGAGAUCACCAACCCUGCAUCAUCUUCAUGGACGAGAUCGACGCCAUCGGUAAGAGAGCGAGAGAAACCCACCGCCUGGUCUUACACGGGCUGACAGACUUAACAGUUCAGGUUACAUUUAAGACAAGGAGAGUGAUUGGUUAAUAUCUUUGAUUCAAACAGGAACAUUACGAAGUAAAUGCACAUUAGAAAAGAUAAAAAGAACAUCAUGGCUCAUUAAGGUUCAUGAAAGAUUUUUAAAAGGUUAAAUUUUUAUGAUGUUUCAUCGAAAUGUCUUCAAAAAGUUUUCUUAAUAUUUUAGGAAUAUUUAAGUAAUAUUUUGUUACUCAGGUUACUUUUUUUUACUACUUUUUAAUCAAUUUUUUAUCCUCUUCUUUUUAAACACAUUUUAAUAAAUGUGUCAUGUAGCUGCUUAAUAAAGAGAGAAAUAAAAAAAUAAAAAAUAUUUCAUUGUAUUCCUGUACAAUGACAAUAAAGCUUCUUUUUCUUCUUUACAAAGCUUUUAUUAAAAAUGUACACUAAGUUGUGUGUUUUUUUUUUUUAAAGAUACAGUGUUCCCAUAUAUCCCGCUGACAGCUGCUUUAUUUACAUUUUAGUGCCAAAGUUUUGUUUUUGAAGAAGUUUAAGCACUUUAGGGAAACAACACAUGAAUAACAAGUUUCUGUUUUGUACAGGAGGAACUCACUUGGUCUUUAAAUUCAUUUUGUUAUCAAAUUAUAAUUUUAUUAAAUUGAUUCUCUUACGGUCUUGUCUGUUGAGGACAUGCGACAGAAGUGAUUUGAUGUUUUUCAGACGUAGAGAAAAUAUCACUUAAUGUCAACACAGCCAUGUUUGUGAGUCUGAGUUUGUGUGUUUGUGUUUUUGUACAGGUGGUCGUCGUUUCUCUGAGGGGACAUCAGCCGACAGAGAGAUCCAGAGGACACUGAUGGAGGUAAACAUGUCUCCAUAACUCAAAUCUGUGUUUGUUAGUUACAAAAAUAUUGACUUAGAUAUCAGUGUUUUUCCCUGAUGUGUGAUCCAUUGUUCUGACAUUGUCUCUUGUAACACAGUGAGCCUAAUGAAUCUGUUCAGAGAGCUGUAUUCUGUAUUCUUUAAUUGAAAUAUUGAUAUUUGGAGACACAAUAGUUGUAUUACAGUGUCUCCUUCUGUCCUUACUGUGCAGCAAAUACGUGAGUUGAACCUGAGUCUAGUUUGCACUCUCUUUUAAAACUCAUGACCACUGCAGGUGUGAGAAUCAUGAAUCAGGUGUAAUGAUGAGUUCCUAAAAUACAUUUAACCAAAACAGCAUCUUAUGUAAUUUAAUUUAUCUGUGCAAUAACUCCACCAGUGUUUGAUCCUCUACAAGAGACCUGUGUGUUAGUUUCUCUCUGUGCUUAAAGAGAUCUGAUCAAUCCUCUUAAAGCUGCCUGAUAAUCUCCCGAGUCGCACCUUUAACCUCACACUCAUGUCUGAACCAGAGUUUAUCAGACUCCUUUUUGUUACUGUGUGCGGUGUGUGUUAAUGAGUGUGUGUAUUAUUGUGUUUUUCAGCUGCUGAACCAGAUGGACGGCUUCGACACACUGCACAGAGUGAAGAUGAUCAUGGCCACCAACAGACCCGACACUCUGGACCCAGCCCUGCUCAGGCCCGGCCGACUAGACCGCAAGAUCCGUAAGACCUCAUGAUUACCAUCGGACCGACACCGGAUAGUCUAACCUAAUUUAACCUGGACUAACUUAAUCCAAUCUUAUCUGAUGCGAUCCUCAGACAUCGAGCUGCCCAACGAGCAAGCCCGUCUGGACAUCCUGAAGAUCCACUCCAGCCCCAUCACCAAACACGGAGAGAUCGGUGAGAUACCUGAAUGUUGUUAGAUAUCUACAGUACACUAGAAACUGUAGAUAUACUGUAGGCUACUGCUCUUCACGCCGACAGGAAGACCGACUGAUCAAACUCGGACCAGAAAAGCGUUUUCUUUCUUUUCUCUUUUUGUGCAUUUACUGAGCUGCACAAGUUCAAAUGAAGCUGAAAUAGCACCAUGCUGCUGGUUUCUCAAACCUGAAAGUCUCAUUUUUUUUCAGAUCAGCUCACAGGAGGAAAAUCUAACAAACUUUAAAAAGCUUCUUUUUCUUAACAGAGUUUAGUUUGAACAUUUAAACUCAAGCGGAAAUUUCUGGUCCAGUUCAGCAGACAUUUGCCUCUCUCAUGUAGUUGGUAUGGGAACAGCAUCACCGUUUGUCUGAACACCUUCAGAUUUUUAAGACUUGAAUUCCUGCUAAUUUUCAAAUUGAAGGUACCUGACUGGUGAUCGUUUUAUCCAACUGUUAGAGCGUUAGUCAUGCAUGACUACAUGGGGCUGGAAAUAUCAAGACUCCUAUGGAUUAAAUUGUAUUCACCUACAUAAAUCUGUACAAGUAGAGGUCUGUGGUAGCACUUUAGAUAAUUUAUUAUUUUGGCUAAAAUGAAGGUAACUAAACCAAUCUUGAACCCUUAUUUUCCAAUUAAACAGUUAGCUCAUAGUUUCACACACACAGGUUACAUUUUCUGACUGUUUGUUUCAGACUUUGAAGCUAUCGUGAAGCUGUCUGAUGGAUUUAACGGAGCUGAUCUGAGGAAUGUCUGCACAGAAGCAGGUCAGAUUUCACACUGAUUCACACCCUCAUUCUGUAAUAUCAUCAGACCUCUUAGUGUGUGUGUGUUCAUUCUGUGUAUGUGUGUGUGUGUGUGUGCUCACAGGUCUGUUCGCGAUCCGCUCUGACCGGGAGUACGUGACUCAGGAGGACUUCAUGAAGGCGGUGAGGAAGGUGGCCGACUCGAAGAAACUGGAGUCUAAGCUGGAUUACAAACCUGUAUAAAUCUGAUCCUUUCAUAUGUUUGCUGUGACGUUUUCUUCAAUGACACAAAAUCAAAUCUUUAUGUUGAAAAGGUUAAAUUCUCUCCCCCUGACACACCGACUGAUGUUUCCAUUUCUUUGUGUUCACGCUGAAGCACACACUCUGUACAUUAACUUCAUGUGGUGGAAUAAACAUUAUAUUCUCUGUCUCUCUGGGUGCCGUCUGCUUUUAUCUUCAGUGAGUUCAGUCAUUUCGAGUCCUCUCAGAGCUUUUAUCUGAGGAUCCAGAGCUCCUCUCUGAUGAAGACUCUGGAAUAGCAGCAUGCUGACACACAAGAACUCGGUUGGUUUGAUUAGUUUGGAUCCAUUUGUGGUGAAAAUGAUGUUGAAUCAUAAAAGCAAACAAAAAAAGAUGAUCAGAAUUCAUCUCCACUGGCUGUGCUGUCAAAUAUAAUAUAAGUGUGAAUACAAGAUGAUCCAGAUUAAGCCUCUUCUAACAGAAAAACAAUCAGGUCCAGCUCUUCAAAGGUAAUCUGAUUAGGUAAAUAACUUGGUGUCUUUUUUUUUUUUUUUUAAUCCUUCAGUUUGUGUAUUCAAUUGAUUUUUGAGGGACUUUGCAAACUUAACCCCAAAAAUCUGGUUGUAUCCUGACCUCAACAGAGGGCUGAAUCAGGGCUAACCAGACCCUAUACCUGGGAUUUCUCAUAUACUUUCCUGCUAAAUCGUCACAGUACAUAAAUUGGCCAUUAAGAUUAUAAAAAUAUAUAUAUUCCCAUAAAGUAUUAGACCAAGUUGUAUCAAUGUCAUAUCUUCAUUUUUGAUUAAAAUCAGCAAGAAAGAUCUUUUUUUUUAGGUCUGUGUGGAUUUUGGCGCCUUCUGUUGACAAAGUUAAAACUCUAGUAAUCUGGAUUUGGUCAUUUUAAAUGUCUGUCUGGAUUAGGUUAGACAAGGAAGUUGAAUAGCCUGUUUAUUGAUUGUAAAACCCAUAAAGUCUUCUGAUGAUACUCACACAGACUUGAAACCCACAUGGAUUCUUCCAUUUGUUUCCACACUUCCUCAGUCUGAUUGAAUGAUCUCUAUUUAAAAAAAAAAAAGGUAUUUGCCAAACUAUAUCAGUAUUUUAAUUCUUCAUUACAAUCCAUGUUAGACAGCUGUUCAUACAGAUACAUGUUAAAGCUUUACAGGCUGCCUGUGGAUAAUAAAUACUGCUCUGGUCCUUUAAGACAACUAUUUUUUUAGGAGCAUACAGUUAUUUCCAGAAUAAAGUAAAAAUAAAUUAUCUGUACAUGAAGACAUCAUAAAAUACUUGCAGUUUCAUUACACACAUGAAGACAACUCUUCUGUUUUGAUGAUCAGCUCAGUCAUGUGACCGCUCAGCUGAUUUUUCUGAGACAUUCGCAGAGUUUUACUGAGGGAGACGAAUUUAAACCAACAGACUUCAUGCUGAACUGUCACAUUUGGUUUAAAAUCUGACUUCACUGUUCGUCUCACUGAUCAUAGAGAUCAGAUACUUCUGAGGUGAAAACAAAGGAGUAAAAAUAAACUAUAAAAUGUGGUGAGAUAGCUACAGAGCUCUCCUUAUAGAAUGAAAAUAAUCUUAAAAAUAUUUGAUCGUGACUAACUUUUAACAAUGUGGUGUCUGGCAGCACAUUCAUUGUUUCAUUUCUUCUCAGUGCAAAACAUUUUAAAAAAUGUUGUCUCUUCUGUUCUGCCGGCUAAAACAGUCAGACAGUGUGUAUAAUCAGUACAGAGUUAGGCUAGGGUUCUAGUUUGGUAUGAAGUCGGCGUCCUGCAGGUCAUCCAGGUGUUAGGGUGAAGGUGUUACUGUGUCACGGCGAAAAGGUGUCAUGAAGGUUGGUCCAGGUGUCAGGGUGACAUCGAUCCAGGUGUCAGGGUGAAGGACUCGAGGAUGAAAGCCCUGCAGAUGGGGCAGUGCUGGAAGCGUGACACGCAGCCGUCACACACGCAGGCGUGUCUGCAGGGAAGCAGCACACGGUUCACGGCUGCAUUCUGACACACCACACAGUCUCUGCCGCUUCCUCCAGCCCACUCCUCCUCCUCUUCAUCCUCCUCUUCAUCUUCCUCCUUUUUCUCCUCAUUCUCUUCCUGCACUGGAUUCUGCUCUGGUUUGCUUGAUUCGCUCGGUUCAGUGGGUGGAGGACUCUGCUCUGAAGUGUUGGACGCUCCCCCGCUGUCAGCUGACAUGAAAAGAGGCUGCAGGACAUGGAGACGGAUACAGUCAGAGCACCAAAUGGAACACAGACCUCAUCAUAUACCAUAACACUAUGCACCAGUUUGCUGUUUUUUACUGUUUGUGUACACUUCAUAAACAAUGUGAUGCCACAAUGGUGACAUCACGUGUCACAAGCUAGUCGGGCUUUGGUCACAAUUUUAUUGUUGACAACCUUUUUAAACUUGUUUUAUUGCAGCUUACCCACUGAGCAUUUUCUGGUCUAAAAGAGGUCUAACAGACCUAAGUUUUUUAGACGAAGCGAGCGGUCGGCAACAUUCAUCUCUCAAAGAGGUGUCUAACUCGGUGUUACUCUGUGUUUGACCCAAAAUUAAUUUUACGCCGGAAUAUCCCUUGACCUUUAACAAGAUAAGAUGAGAAGAACUUCAUUCAUCCCCGAAGGGAACUUCGAUAGUGGAACUUGCUGACCCCCAUUUUUAAAGUUGACGGCAGGUGCCAUGAGAUAACAACAGAAACGGGACAUACCUGUAACUCGUACAUGUUCCCUUGUGCGGUAAGGAGGUACUGAAACAGAACCCGAGCGGAGAGGCUGUAUUUAUCAUCAGGGACAUGGAGAACGCUCACACUGACCACCUGAAAGAGGAGAAACACAGCAGAAAGGCUUUAUUUACAUUUAUACCUCUUCAUUCCCUCCUCUCUUUGCUCUUGUGUGUGGUUAAAACAGAGUUUCAAGGAGGAGCUGUUUUUUUUUUUGUUAGACAGUUUUAGCUGAUCACGAUAGUUGAUGACGUGUGUGAAACAUUUUGCUCAGAAUUAAACAGUAGGUGUAAAUAAGGUGAGGUGAGAUAUAAACUCACAAUGCUGUACGUCUCUCUUGCUUCCUGCUCUGUGAGUGUCAACACGGCCACCAGAGGGUAGCAUUCUCUCGGUAAAGGACCAAAGUCGGCGACCUCAAGGUCUGCUGGGAUCUGCGUGUGCAGCUCUGUCCUGUCUUCACCGCUGAUGCUGAGGAGGAUGGUGAGUCAAAGAUGCCAACAGUAGGAGCUCACACAGACUCCAGUCAUCAUGAAGAAGUUUAAUUAGAUUAAUUAUUUCAGUGUUGUUUCAUUAUUUUAAUUAAAUGUUUGAACAGACAGUCAUUUUUUGUCAGUGUGGCUCUGUUCCUCUGUCAAAGAACUGUCAUACUUCAAUAAAACAGGAUAUAUUUCUCUUCUGUAGAGUUUUUAGAGGUACUUACAUCACUUACAUCAUAGUGCUGAUUAGUGCUUACACUGGAGUGGUCUUUGUGUGUCAGCACGUGCAUAUUUGGUAUAAAGGAUACUCGAAGCUCUCACAGUGCAGGUAACGAAACUGCAGAGCCUCUUUGAUCUGUUGAGGGGUGCUGAUCUUCUGUCCAUGUUGGUGGGCUUGCAGUGCCUCCUGCAGGGCCCUAACCUCACAGCCCCAGAAACAGGUGAGCGUACAGGGCUCAAGACAGCACGGCUUUAGGUGCACUCCACCUGAGAGGGAGAGGCAUACUCUGUCAAUACAGUCUGGGACACCACAGGUAAGAACAUAUUUACAGGAUGUUCAUGAUCAAUAGGACACACAGUGGGUAGCACAGAGCAGAUCUGACUGUAUAUUUACAUUAUACUGAUGUUGGAGAGGAGAAUCAGUAAGGAACAGCGCUGUGAAAUAUUCAGAUUGAUUCAUAAAUGCCAGAUAUUAACCUUUAACAUAUUUUAUUGAAGAAAAUAUAUUUUUUGGUGUGUUUGACCCUAAAUUAAUUUUAUGCCGGAAUAUCCCUUCAACUGUAUUCAUCUGAUAUCAGGGCCAGCUACUUUGACUCUGACUUUGACUUCUGACUCUCGCCACACUUACUCGUGACAGAGGCUGGCCCACAGCCCACCUGUAGGCUGAAGGGGUUGGUCACCUUUACCAUCUGUUUCUCUGGGGUUGGCAGGAUGGACUCUGUGUCAUCGGAGCUGCGGAGAAUCACCGGGACAUCGACACCAAACCUGUAGGAGGCAGCAAGAAGACAGCUGUAAUGUUUUUCAUCCACGUUGCUCCUCUUUAAACACAUUUGUGUACUGCAUUUCAAUAACAGAGAUCUAUGAAGGCAGUCUUAAUAUUUAAACAGAAUAUAGACACAUAUUUUUAUGUACAGGUAAAGUCUAAUCUAGAAUAUAUUUGUGUAACUUGUUACUUGAAUUUCUGCUCUGGGUCUGUCUUCUUUCUCUGUUGUUUUUAUCAUAGGUUUGUUUACUUUUUUGAACUUCUGUACAUUUUAAGCAGGUACUGUAAACAAGUGAAUCAAUCAGUAAGCGUAUAUGAGAACAGCCAUCAUAAGAAGAAAUAUACCUUCGAUACUUUGUGAUGGUGCUUAUCAUUGUACAUUCGUGUAAACUGAGGAUGGAGUGUUUUAGCUGUGGCUAAGCUAACUCCAGCUAACCUGGCUGAAUGAGACUUACCAGCCGAGCACCAUAGCGGCGGUAACAAUGAAACAUAAAGAGACCACAGAGAUGUAAAAGAGCGGAGAGUACUCAAACAGAGUGACAAGGAAGACCGCCGCCAUGUCCGCUUGUAAUUACAUCACACUUAUUUCAGAAGCUUCUGGUAAACACUCUGCUAGGCGGCCAUGACAACUGCUGCUACCCGGACACAAGUACGGUGGCCUGAAUGGUACAAAACAGUAUUACUGUAAAACAAUGUUUGACUUUAUGUUCACUUUGUAAUUGUGUACUCAUAAUUUUAACCUUACUUUUGGGAAAGGAAUUUUGAGCAAAAAUAAAUAAUGCAGCAGACAAGGCAACAAUCUCACUGAUUUUUUAACCUCACUUCAAAAUUUAAGCAUAUAUUGAGAAAAAGGGUGGAAUUAGUGCUAUUUUUCUGUAGGAAAUUCUUGUACAUUGUGAUAAUUGUUUUUAUCAGAAUAAAAGCAAGCUGUUAGACAGGUACAUACAAUUCUUAUACAAAAUAAGACUGAGGUACUAAUUUACACAUUAAAAAAUUUAACAUGUUUCACUGGCAAUGUAGGAAGUUGAUUUUUAGUCAGUGUUGUUGAAGUUCCUUCAAGUUUCUAAGCUGGAAUUCCUGCUUCAGGAUAUGUUUCAUAUAUUUUAUUUGAAUUUCUGAAUUCAGGGAUCAAUUGAAAUGCUUCACAAGGUCUAUCUAACUCUAAAUUGGACCAUUCUGUAAAAAAUGAACAUCUUAUGAAGACUUGAAACUGGAAAUGAGGACUGUUAAAAAAAAUGUCCACUGAAGAAAUGGCUCAACUGAGAUGUAAGAGCAGUUAUUAUACAAUUGCAUACAAUGAAAUACUCUUUACCAUCAGACAUGAAAGAGAAAGCAGACAAUGCUGCAAAAAUUAUGUAUGCAAACUGUGAAGGAUAUGUUAUUGAUGCCCUGAGGUGCAAAACACAAACCAAACCAAACCAAAUCAUAAAUAAACCAACUUUAUAUUAACUCUUACUGCCUGUUUACAACAUGAACUUUUGUCGAUGUACACAGAGCCCGCCCAAGUCAUAAGCAGGCUGGACGCCUGCUUA